AUGGAGGCUUACCCAGAAGACUAUGUCUCCCAUAACCUGCCAUUCAUCGCCCUGGCUGGUCUACCAGCCGCCGAUCAGUCGACCAAUGCCUCCUCACCAUCUACCACGAGUGCUGCUCAAGGCAAUGGCUUGAGGAUCGCCGACAACUCUCCUCCGCUAUCUGGUCCUCAUGCAGACUCUAUUCUGGACGAGUUCUUGCGUGCAGAUGGUGCUUCUCUGUCCUGGAGUGAUCAAGCUAUCACAGACAGAUCCGGCUUGAUUGGCUUCAAGUUGUCAAGUACUGGGAGGUCUUUCGUCUUUCCUCCAAGGAAAGCUGCUCCUCCGCCGAUUGCUCCUUCAGCCUCUCCUCCAGGAAGUCCCAAUCUCUCUUCUCCUACCAGCCAUGAUCUACAUUCGCCCUUGUCUCCGCUCUCUCCUUCUUCGCCCGUCUUCCCUGACGGUCUCAUGACUCCGUUGUGGCUAGCCAAACAUCAAUCUCGCAUUCCUGCCGUCUACCUUUCCUUCCAGACGUUGGAUUCUGAUCCCUCCAACGAUGCCGCUCUCAAGAACCAUAUCAACGACACUAGGAACACGAUUGCAAAGUCUGGUUUCAAAACUCGCUAUGCCUUGGUUCUUGUCUCUGACGAUGCUGCCAUCUCACCUCUCGACUUUGAAGAGCGACUGGCAGCAAUCAGGAGAGCCACUUCCCUCGACCCCAAAUCCUCGUGUUUUCAUUUCGACGUGUCCGACUCUCAGACAGAUUUGCCAACCUUUGUAUCCAGUGUCUUGAGGGCCCUACAGCCUGUCUGUAUAGACUACUACAGGGAUCUGACAAAACAUUCGAGGAGGAAACGAGGUCGCGCUUCCCCUCCACCUCUCACCGCUGCAGCGAGUCGUGGUACAUCGCAGGUCUUGACUAUGAACGGCUGGAACGUACGCUACGACUUCAAAUUGGCCAUCUUUGCAGAGUUCCGACAAGAGAUGGACGUCGCCCAAAGACAUUACGAGUCGGCCCUAGAGGAACUAUUUGGCCCGGAAGGAAGCCUCGAAAACACACCAAGUUGGUCUGUUCGCUGGCAAGAAGCCCGUCUACUUUGCGACAUCAUUGCUUUCCGCGUCUUGCGCUGUCAAAUCUGGAGAGGCAUGACAUCUGGUGCUGCUGAGUCAUGGUAUAAUUACAAAGAGCGUAUGCGGGAUCUGAUUGAUCGCCGUGGAAAAGGUACCGACAAUAGCUACGGCUGGGAGGCAUGGGAAGCGCGAUGGGCAAAAAUGAUGGCUCAGCUAAUCGAGAUGGCUGAUUUGCCCGUCUUCAAGCCGAUUGACCUGUCCGACCCGGAAGAGCAGUCAACUGGCUCAGCUAUAUAUGCCCCGGCAGAGAAGCUAUACUCAACUAUGGAACGAAUGAUGCCAUUCCAUCUCCUUCAUCACCCUGGCUAUUGGUGGAGGUUAGCCUGCAAACAUGUCAUGGCGCGUAAAAGAAAGGCAGAAGCCAUUCCACAAGAAGACCGGACGUUACCCAGUGAGACCGCAGCUGCCCAAUUGGCAAGCCGGACCAGAACUUACGAUACCUACAUGGUUCCACAACCUCACGAAGAGGCACCGUUAUCUGGCCACAGCACUUACGACUACUUGCUAGAUCUCCAAAGUCAGACUGAGCGAGUGGAGAGUAUAAUGUCUGACAGAGGCCAAGCUAGAGCGGUUCAACAAGUCAAGAUCGAUCUUGCGCGUGAGUUCUCCAGAGCUGGGCGAUACGAUGAAGCACUUCAAACAUUGCGGCCAGUGUGGGACAGUAUGGCAUGGAGGCGUGAGAAGUGGUUCGAUCUAGCGGUAGAAGUCUUGGAGUUGCUGUACGAAUCCGCCGAAAAGACAGGCAACAUGAAGCUUCGGGCUGAGAGUGCUUGGGAGCUCACAUACCAACGUAGGUCCUUGAAAACUCGCAAAACCAUCGACCUUUUGCAGUGUCUAUCUGGCGCUGGUAACGAUGAAAAGUCUUCACAUAUUUUGUUGGACACUCAGACGAGAUUAUGUCCUUUUACCAUCACGUUCUCCUUCUUCUCUGGCGAAGGCUUUGUUGGAGACACGGCUGCGUGUCAGGUCGCAGUCAAAUUCAAUGGACCUACCCACAUGGCCGAACUCACCUUAGCAGAACUUCGCGUCCACUUCAGCACUAAUGUCAGGAGCUUGGUUGUUAACCACUCUGAGAACGACAAAAAGUCUAUAUCCACCGAUCUGAAGGUUCAAGAAGAGCACGGUUCGGCUCACCCGAUGGCAAAGGGAUUACUAACAAGCGCAAACUUGACAUUUAAGCCUGGUCAGCUCCGUGUGUUCAAUCUGACAAUUCCUCUUCGCGAUCCGGAUUCAUUCAGCGCCACGGGUGCUUCGCUAGUACUCAAGACUUCUGGAAUUACCCUCGAGCACGUUUUGAGCGGACCAUUGGACAUUAGAUGCUCGCACUGGUGGUUGCAAUCACAAGACCGACUUGUGAGGAAACAAAUUCCCAGAGAGGAGUCCAACGCCAUUCAAGUAUUGCCAAAGCCGCCAAAGGUACAGCUACGUAUCAUGAACCUUAAAGAGCAAUACUUCAUCGGCGAGAAGGUGUCCCUCGAAAUCCAGAUUCUUAACGAAGAAGCCGAAGAGGUCAAUGCACAUGUACGCGCUGAAGGACAGGACAACGCCGACGUUAGCCUGGACCUUGCCUGGAGGGACAACAAGAACAAGAACAAGACCAAUGACUUGGACUUGACCAAUCUUGAAAUUGGAAGGAUCUCAGUAAACGAGUCGAAGUCGCAUGUCCUCGAAUUUAUGGCUCCAUUGGAACUUUCAGAAUACACUCUGAGGUUGGAGGUCAACUACCGCCUGGCUUCGGACUCCGAAACACCGGUGAUCAAGACAUUGGAGUCCAUCAUACCUUUCGUCAGUCCUUUCGAGGCCAACUAUGACUUUGGACCGCGACUCCACAAAGGGACAUAUCCCAACUACUUCAAUCUGCCAGAGUUCUCAGAAGAAGACCAAGAGCAGCCGAAACAAGCGCGAGGUAUGUCGCAAAGAUGGUGCUUGACUAGUCGAGUGGUCUCCUUCUCCAGCGAACCCCUUCUGGUUGAGACAACACGACUUGUGGUGAACCGCGUCACCAACAAUGCUGUAUGCGAUGUAGAUGAACAACAACCGCCAGAAAAACUCUCACGCACCAUGGCAUUGAAAGAUAUGAUGGAUGUUCCUCACAUCCUGGAAGUCCGCAAGCUGACUCUGGAAGACCGCCGGCCAUCGGCCAUCGAGCUUUCAUUGGCGGUCACUUGGCGCAGAAAGAAUUCCCGCGAGCAAAACACAACGACCACGAUGCUUGCGGUCCCUAGCAUGACCAUACCUUCUGCUGAGCCUAGAGUGCUUUGUACUGCAUACAUCCCAGAGAAUACAGACGACGAGGCCAUUACCGUCUCGUACAUGCUAGAGAACCCAUCGAUGCAUUUCUUGACGUUCAACCUGACCAUGGAGGCAAACGAUGCAUUUGCUUUCAGCGGAUCGAAACAUCGAUCUGUGAGUCUCACUCCCGUAAGUCGUGUGCAGGUCGAGUACAGGCUAUUUGUAUAUCCUGUGGAGGACAGUACUUUGACCGAACGGCAAGGUCGAAAAGGACAUUGGAUCUGGCCCUCUCUCAGAGUGGUAGACGCAUAUUUCCAAAAGACACUCAGGGUAUUGGAUGCCGAAGAUGGGGUGCAAAGUGACGAUAGAGGUGGCGUGGGAAUCUGGAUACCCUCGUUGAGAUGA